UUUUAAGAGGAAUACAACACGGUGGAAGUAUCUUCUAGACUACAGGAUGAGUGGGGUUGGUCCUCCAGGGACCCUCUUGGUCUUGGCCAUGAGUCUCAGUUUCUGCAGUUCCGGAAUUCUAAAAUUUUGCAGAGAUCCUAAACAAACGCUGAGUGGUCCAUCUGAUCCCUUAGCAGUAAUUCCUGUGUGUGAUGGAACCCCGGGAUACACCCAGAUUACCAGCUACUCCGAAUUUUCCUCAAGCCAGAGUGGUGGUUCAUCUAUGGGAUCUAGUAGUGGAUCCAGUUAUAGUGCCGGUGGGGGAACUGGAGGAAGCUCAGGAGGAGGAUCUGUAUCUUGGGUUCAAGCUUCUGGUGGAGGAGGCGGUGCUCAGUCCUCUGGCUCCCAAUCAUCUGGUGGGGGUUCCUACCAAUCUGGAAGCUCAUCAUCGAGUGGAGGAGGAGGAGGCUCCUACCAAUCUGGAAGCUUAUCAUCGGGUGGAGGAGGAGGCUCCUAUCAAUCUGGAAGCUUAUCAUCGGGUGGAGGAGGAGGCUCCUUCCAAUCUGGAAGUUUAUCAUCGGGUGGAGUAGGAGGAGGCUCCUACCAAUCUGGAAGCUCUGGAUCUGCUGGGGGAGGUGGAGGAGGCUCCUACCAAUUUGGAAGCUCAUCGUCAGGUGGAGGAGGCGCCUACCAAUCUGGAAAUUCAGGCUUCCAGUCUGGAAGCUCGUCAUCGGGUGGAGGUUCCUACCAAUCUGGAAGCUCUGGAUCUGCUGGGGGAGGAGGCUCCUACCAAUUUGGAAGCUCAUCAUCUGGUGGAGGAGGUCAAGGAGGCCGACCUGGUGGUGCGGCAGGAGGAAGUUCUGUCAUACUUGGAGUAAUUAAUCCAGUUAGAGGUGGUGGACAUGGAGGAGGUGCAACAAUAGUCAGUGGUGGACAUGGAGGGGGAGGAGCAAUAGUUGGUGGACACGGAGGAGGUGGAGCAGGAGCUGGUGGAGGAUUUGGAGCAGGUGGAGGAGGAUCUGCUGGUGGAUAUGGAGGAGUAAGAGGAGGACAACAAGUAGGACAACAAGUAGGACAGCAAAGCUCUGGUAGCUUGGGGAGUGGCAUUAUCCUGCCAGGAGGAAAUAGUCUUGAUGACAUUCCAGUGUCUCCCGGAUGUAAAAACAAACCAGGUGGGAAUAUUCAUGAUCAAGGUAGACCUGGAGGUGGGGGAGGCACCUCACACUUUCAAGGACAAGGAUCUCAAGGACAAGAUUCAAUUUUUGGAGCUAUCAACAGUCCACAAGGAGGAGCAGGGAGCAGUGGUGGUGGUGGUAGCUUUUCAUCACAGAGUCAAGGACAAGGUUCAAUCAUUUAUGGUUCUAUCAACAAUCCUGCACCACCAAGAGGUGGAGGUGGGUCAGCAGGAGGCGGAAGCAGUAUUAGUGGAAGCUCUUCAUCAAGUUAUUCGCACAGUCAAGGACAGGGUCAAGGGCAAGGAUCAAUCAUUUAUGGAGCUAUUAACAAUCCACCACCUCCCAGAGGUGGGGGUGGGUCAGCAGGAGGCUAUAUUUCUAGCGGUGGAACUGGAUCAUCUUCAGGUUCUUCACAUUCAGGAGCGAAAUUUCCCCAUUCUGGGCGGUAGAAAAAUAAUAGAAAUGAAGACACUAAUUGAAAAGGGAAAUUUUCUGUUUUAUCAACUAUUGAAGCAGGUGUCCAAAAGUUUUGAAAUUUGCCAAGGACAUUAUAUCUACACUGUUUCUCUGAUUUACAAGAUGCUGUUUUUCAGUCGUUUUUGGACCACUGAUAUAAU